UCCCUCAUCUUACAUCCUCUAACUCUCCGCAGUCCGCAGUAUCCCCAUUUUCCCCUGGAAUUUGAAAUUUUGAAUCCUUUCUAAUAUUUGUUUUCAGUUGAUCCCAUAAACAUAAUUACAUAACCCACUGCCAUCUAAUCUAAUGUUAAUAAAACGUUAAAUGCACGUCAGGACAGUUUCCGGGAGUUUCUCUCACCAGUUACUCCAAAUGCCGUUCUUGCGUUUAUUGAGUGUGAAUGUGAAUGUGAUUGUAAAAUUACUUCACAAACAUAUCCGACUCUCUGUAAAGACAUUUACUGAACAGAAAAGGAUCUGCUUUCUGGAUAAUUCCGUGCCGUUGAAUUGUGUUCCGUUGAACGGGAGAAACAUGAUUGGCAAGGCUGACGAAUCUGGUUCACCUUCUUGAAAGACUUAAAUCAAUGUGGUCUGAUUGGGACAGAGUGGAUGGAUGUAUGUGAAUCAGAGCAAGGCUCAGGGAAACACAAAUCUGUGCAGACCCCGAGAGCAGCUCCCUUUGUUCUGGCAGAAAAGAACAAUGCACCCACCACUCGGCGCUCUAGAACAAAACAAGUUAGCUCUCGGUACAAGUCUCCUGUUCCGGCUAACCCAACAGAAUUUACAUCUCUACAUAAGUCGCCCACUCCGGUCGCCACAAGAGAAGUUAGUUCCCGGUAUAGGUCACCUUCUCCGGCUCCCCUUUCUCGAAGAUUCCCUUCACCAAAUCCCACAAGGACAGCAUUACCAUCAUCGUCUUCAUCGUCAUCAUCAUUACAAAAGAGAGCUCAAUCGUCAGAGAGAAGGAGGCCUUCGACUCCUCCUUCACCGCCGCCACCAAGGCCUUCCACGCCGGUCCGUGACUCAUCCUUAGAUGUCAAGUUAUCAUCCGGAAGGGCGGCGGCAGGUGGCCGUUUGCCAGAAAGUCUAUGGCCUUCUACAAUGCGGAGCCUCAGCGUUUCUUUCAAUUCAGACUCCAUUUCCAGUCCUGUUAGCAAGAAGUCAAAGCCAGUAACCUCCCUUCGUCCGACAUCAAAUGUGGCACACAAGCAGGCUGAAACUCUUCCCUUAAUAAGGAAGCCUACACCAGAAAGAAAGAGGAGUCCUCUAAAAGGGAAAGAUAUCUCUAAUCAGUCUGAGAAUUCGAAGCCAGUGGAGAUUUUGCCUUCUAAAUUCAUAGAUCAGCAUCGGUGGCCUAGUAGGAUUGGCGGGAAGGUAUCUUCUAGUGCCCUAAACAGGAGUGUUGAUCUUGCUGUUUCUAGAAGUUUCGACACUCCAGCGCCUGCAACUGUUUUAUCUUCACUAAAGAGAUAUUCUAGUGAUGCUAUUACUCUGUUUUCGCGUGUUGGAAGUGGUAAUGUAAGUGGUGAGGUGUUAAGGUCACAGAAAUCUCUACCUCUUACUCCGUCAGGUAAAGCAGGACCGGGGUUUACUGGAGUCAGAUCUCAGUCCUUAUCAGUUCCUGGAUCACACUCGCAUCCUGCGUUGCCUAGUAGGACCUCGGCUUUAUCAUGUUCGGGGACAAGAGGAAUCAGUCCGUCUAGAUCAAGACCAUCAACUCCUCCUCCUAGAGGGGUUAGUCCAUCUCGAAUAAGGUCGUCUGGUUCAUCCGUUCAAUCCAGCAAUUCCAAUUCAGUGCUUAGCUUCAUUGCUGAUUUUAGAAAAGGGAACAAGGGUGCAGCCAACGUAGAAGAUGCUCACCAAUUACGGCUUCUAUACAACAGAUACUUGCAAUGGAGAUUUACCAAUGCAAGAGCCGAGGCUGCACUUUACAUCCAAAAUGCAAUUGUAGAGAGAACACUGUAUGAUGUAUGGAGAACUACUCUCUCACUGUUGGAGUCUGUUAUCAGGAACAGGAUUGAUCUUCAGCAGCGGAAGCUUGAGCUUAAGCUGAAUUCUAUUUUGAAUGAUGAAAUGACCUUCCUUGAUGAUUGGGCUGUAUUUGAAAGAGAUCACGGCGACACUUUAUCUGGUGCUGUACAAGAUUUUAAGGCAAGCACUCUUUGUCUACCGGUAGCUGGAGGAGCAAAGGUCGAUAUAGAGCAUUUGAAAGCUGCUAUCGGUCAAGCUGUUGAUGUUAUGCAAGCAAUGGGAUCUACAAUCUGCUCAUCACUUUUACGGGUGGAGGGCAUGAAUAAUUUAAUUUCCGAGGUUGCAAUUGUAGCAGCCAAGGAGAAAGCUUUGCUUGAUGAGUGUGAAUUACUACUGGCUUCAGUAGCAGCUAUUCAGGUAGAAGAAAGUAGUGUCCGAACGCAUCUCAUGCAGAUCAAGCUAGCUUUGGGGAUGAGCAAAUAGCGGAUUUCGAAAGCAAGUGGUCCAUUUCAGAACUUUAAACUCAGCAAAACUACUAAGCUAACUUGUUUCUUGAGGUUUCAGACAAAAGCAUUUUAAUGUCUUCCAGGUUCUUCGCCGUUGUAAAUUUUCAAAUAUUCCUUUUUUUUUUAAAAAGAAAAUUUAUUUUCUAUCCCACCUAAUUAUAUUGGAAUUGAUAUUGUUUGAUUACAUAUUAUUGCUUCUUCUUCCUAAAUACUAGUGGGUGGGAGCUUCCUCUUGUAAUUUUUAUUAAAAAAAGGAAAUGUAAAAAAAAUAUUGAUACA